ACUUGGAGGCUUUACCAUUAACACAGACAGUCUGGAGACAAAAAAAAAAAGAUGAGACCCCACCCAGGGAGGCGCUGAUAUAGAGAGCCAAUAAACAGGAAAAUGAAACUGAAAGUUAUCACAUCAGCAGAGAAGAGACAAAAGAAAAAUCAGUUGACAAAAGACGUCUCUGCUAUCUGCCACAGAUAAAACACACCAAGAUGCAAUCCCUCAGAGACCAAGAAGCUUUAAUCCUUCAACCUCGUGGGAAUCUCCCGAGGGUGUGUGCCGCAGUGGUGGCUGCCGUGACAACAGGAGGCAUGGUCCUCAUUGGGCCUCAGAGGUUAUUUACUUGGGUCGCGAUGGCAAUACUCAUGGUGACGCUUGGCCCCCUGCUCCACGGGCUGUGUCUCCUCCCAGAGGAGCUGCUGCACCAUUCACGCACGCGGUAUCGAGGCCGAGCGCUGCUCAGCCAGGUGCUGGCGGCCUGCGGGCUGUGGGGGAAGACCCUGCUGGCCGCCGGGCUGGCCGGCCUCUGUCUGUACCUGACAGGACACCAACACAGGGGCCAGUGCUGGGAGCUGCUGGUCCUGGCUCCGGUUCUUUAUGCGCUGUUCAAAAGCCUGGGAGUCGUGGCUCCCUCAGAGGUGGAGGUGUCAGACAUCUGUGAGCAGAGGAAGAUGAACGUAGCCCACGGGCUGGCCUGGUCCUUCUACCUGGGCUACCUGCAGCUCGUACUGCCAUAUCUGGAGAAAUCUAUCGAUGCAUUUCGCGAGACGCAUGAGGCCAGCGGCGUCCUGUGGAGUCGCGGCUCCAGGAAGUUGCUCAUCCUCAUCCCUCUCGACGUCAACAUCUCAAACACCCUGGAGGACCAGGAUAGCAACAUCAAGUUCUACGACAACCUCCCAAACAACCAGCUGGACGUGGCGGGGGUCCGGGGCCGCGUCUACAAGCAUAGUGUCUACAGAGUGCAGGACGAGCAGGGGGCGGUCUACGACUGUGCGGUGGAGUACGCAACACCUCUGCUGACGCUCUACAAGAUGUCACAGACGAGAAGUGCAGGCUUCGGGGAACCUGAGCGCAGACAGCAGGUCCUGCUCUUCUACAGGACGCUGCAGGAUAUCCUGGAGCACUCGCUGGAGUGUCGCAACCGCUACACACUCGUGCUGCUAGAUGAUGACAGCCAGCAUGGCCCUCAUUACCUGUCUGAAGCCAUCCUGAGACACGUGAAGCAGCAGGAGAAGGAGGAGUUCUGCCUCGGGCCCGCUCCUCAACAGGAAACUGAACAGCUAAACUCCAGCACCGCCAGCGCCCCGCCCCUGAACGGGGAGUGGCGCCGCCCCGAGCCCAUGAGCAGGGAGCCCACGCUCAUGAUCAGCCUGGACAGGCCAAAGUCCCUGAAGGACCCUGAGGAAAACAGCUACCCCCAGAACUCAUGAGGUCAAGCACAGGGAGAGCCGGCUGUCCAUCCACGCACAUCCACACAACUUCUCACAAUUAGGAAAAAUUAGCUCAUGAAAUGUUUCAUGCAUCUGAACUUCUAAAAACAUAACUUCACAACAGUAACAACAAAAUAUGCCAAAUAUUUAGGAGGCAGUUUUAAAAACGUACAAUUCUUAUAGGAUAUCAGGCAUUUAAUUUGUAAUUUGCAACUUUAGGUCUAGUAUUAGAUGAGAAGGGGUGUACACUUCAGCCGGGACCAAAACAACAUGAGCCGAAGCAGUUUUGAGUGAGGACAGAACAUGUGUUUGCUGCAAACUUAAAGGGCAAUCUGCCCACAUCAGGAUAAGUUGCUCAUUUAAGCCUCAGAACUGAUGGUGUGAACAGGCUCUCCAUAGACAAACUGAUUUGAACUUCUUGUGUUUGCAAAACGUGUCUGAAAAGGACAGAAAUUGUACAAAUGACUGUCAGUGGACACAGAAGGAGGAGAGUUCACAACCUCUGCUGUUGACACAUGUCUAUUUUGUCAUAAAUAUACAAUUUCAAGCCAAGUUUUAUGAAAGCAGAGGCCAUUUACAAUUAAAUCUGACCUGGGAAGCUUGCCUCCUCGGUUAUUAAUUACUUCAGUUAUCACUGUUUUGGUCCCUAACAAAAGUGAAUGUUCUUUAUCAUAGGUGAUAGAUGGUCGUCUGAAGUCUAGACUUUUCUCUUAAAUCUGUUUAUUUAAGUUAUGCAUACAUUUUGAUCUGUUUCAUUUUUCAACUGACAAUGAAAGUUAAUAUAACAGUAAAAAUGACGGUUAGUCAUUUUUUUAUUCUUGCGUUAAUUUCAGAUCCGCCUACAAAAUCAUUUUGUAUCAAUUUGUAUUAGAACAAUAAUGUCUGUGAAGAAACCCUUCCCUUGCGUGGACGUCGUACAUCUAACAGCUGUCAGCUAACAGGACCGCUGUAGCCGUCCGAGGAAUAACUAUUUUAUUUUAAUAUGUUCAAAACUUCCGAAAACAUCAAAUGCACACCCCUCCACUGUCAAAGGUGAGGUGUAUGUUAGCAGAAAAUUCAAUUAGAUCAAUUUUGUUACUCAAUUAUUCCCCAAAGAGAAGUUAUGUUGCUUCUGUAAACGGUCAUUUAUAUAAAGCUGCUACAAACAGCAG